CCAGAAGCAAGUCUCAUUUUUCUCGCCACCGCAUCACAUCACCUCCUUUGCUACAGUAACAAAGAGCAACAAACACCAUGACCAAGACAGAGAAGGAUGAGACGGAGAUUCCCAAGGCAGAAGCAGCUGCCAAACGAGAAGGAUCUGACGAUGAUUCGGUAUCCUCAGAAGAAGAAGAGGACGACUUGGGCCUGGAGGGUGUCCUGAUUCGAAACCCAGAUGCCAGUUCCUCCUCGUCGUCCGAAGAGGAAGACGACGAAGAGGACCAGAAAAUGCCUGCCAAAAAAUCAGAUGAUAGCAAAUCCAACAGCAAAAGUGAUAAGGACAACAACAACAACAACAACAACAAUCGAAAGCGUCCAUCUUCCAGUCCACAGCAAAAGCAAACCAAAAAGCGAACGAAAAAGACACGACAAGCAGGACCAGAAAUUAUCAAUGUCGAAUUCACCUUUCACGAUUUUGACGAAAAAUUCUUUCACGGCGUCAAGAGUCUGUUGCACGAAUCCAGUCCGGUCUAUCAACUCCAUGCAUCUGCUUUGACGGAUUUAAUGAUUGAAAAUAUUUCAGUGGGCACUGUCUGUUCUACUGAAGGAGAUGGCGUGAAUGUUUUUGGAUUUGCGUCCAUUUUGAAUGUCACCACCUACGGCGACAAACCAUGCAUUCAGUACCUAAAGAAAAUAUGUCUCGACCAUUGUCCCGCCGAGCGAAAACAGGAAAUGCAGCAUGUUUUGUCGGGAAAAACAGCUCGACCGGCUGGAUUCUAUUUUCAUGGACGCAUGGUCAAUAUGCCACUCGAAAUUAAUGAAGUAUUGCAACAGCAACUCGUAUUGGAUAUGGAUUGGGCCGUCGAAAAUGCAGAAGGGGGAGAAGCUGAACGCAAAUCUCUCGAUUUUGGAGCAUUUGUACGAAUGGCACCGGCCCACAUGGACGGAGGAGCACUCAUAUACCGAUUCUUUGACGAUGAAAUAUUCGCAACCAAUGCCGAGUUUGUAUACAAUGUCCCGGCUCCCCAAAGCUUUGGAUCGGAAGAAAAACUAAUGGUCAGUAUCAUUGUCCUCACCAAAACUGGGCAUCGAGCGGCAAUGAAGGAACUCAAACAAAUGGUGGGAUCUACUGGUAACUCUAGCUAGUUAGUUGAUUAAUUAUUCGAUUCUGAUACAGUGGUGGAAGACGCUAGUCCUAUUCCUGUAGAGGAGAAAUUGGUUGUCUAGCUAGAGAACUAUCUAAACAGUAGCAAUUUCUGCAUCUCUGUACAAUACCAUGGUACCGCAGUAUAC